AUGACUCGUAUUUUGCUAUUUAUUGAAUUUUUUACUUUAAUUUUUACUGUUAUUAAUGGGACACACUUUCAUGGCGGUACUAUUACUUGGCAUCCCCUAAAUUCAUCAGAUACAGGAUCACCUGUCGCCAUUGUUAUUACCCAAACAUAUUUGUGGACAUGGUCAGUUGCUCUAUGUACGAGUAGUAAUAUUGCUAGUAGUGCUAGCAUAAGUUUCACUCAUUAUUAUCCAAGUACCUCUAGUCAUCUAGAUUGUGCUCUUAAUUGUGCAACAGCUACUGGAUAUGUUGCUCCACCAAUCUUGCCUGAUUGUACUGAUGCUUCUUCAGCACAAGAUACUACUGUUGGUCAACGUUCGGAUAUUGUCUAUGUUCCAAGAAAUGCUGAUUUUACUGUUGCAUUUGCUAGUUCAGCUUGGCGUUCAUUAGUUACUAAUUCUGCAGCUGAUUGGUCCAUUGCAUCACGCAUUGAAUUGACACCCAGAUCUGAUAAUGGUCUGUAUAAUAAUGCACCUAUAGCAACAGUCAUGUCUCCUAUAUAUAUUCCUCAACAUCAACCAACAGCUAUUCAUAUACCUAUAGGUGAUGCAGAUGGAGAUAUAAUGCGGUGUCGAUGGUCAAGUGGUACAACUGAAUGUGGACAUGUUUGUCCACCAGGAUCUUUACCAAGUGGUACAUUAAUCUUUUCGAAUUGUACAAUUAUUAUUACUGGUACUAAUAUAGGAGAUUGGUUUGCUGUUACAGUCAUGGUUGAAGAUUUUAUUAGUUCAUCAAGUACAACACCACUUAGUUCAGUACCUGUUCAAUUUCUUGUUCAUGUUGUUGCACCAUCAUCAUGUUCCACACCACCAGAAGUUUAUGAACUUUCUAAUAAGUCUUGUAUACCAAUUACUGUCGGUCACACGUUUACAUCACAUUUAAUUGCGAUUAACAAUUGUGGUUCUUCUGUUACUAUUAUUGAUAUUUCAACAUUGUCCUUUGCUGGAAUGGUUCAAAGUAGUAUUAUUCAACAAGAUUCAAUGACUUAUUAUAAAACUCUUUCAUGGAUACCAACGACAAGUCAACUUGGAUAUCAAGUUAUGUGUGCCAUGGCUCUUGAUAGUCAAAAUUCACAAUCUGCACAAUAUUGUUUUAAGUUUUAUGUAUCACAAAGUGGUGUUAGUAAUUGUCCUGAACAACCACAACUACAACAACGACGAGCUCAUCCACAACAACAUCAAGUACAACAAGGUAAAAUGAGAUUUCGAUUUUCCAUCAGCUUAGAAGAAAAUGCUUAUUAUUGCAGUACAACAUCAACAUCAACUUCUACAACAUCAAGAUCAACUACAAGUACAACUUCAACAACAACAACAACAUCAACUACAACAUCUACAACAUCAACUAUACCGACAAGUUGGGUAAUCUAUGAAGAAAAUGGUCCAUUUGAAUUAUAUCAUAUUGAUCGAUGUACUGAUCGAGAAUGUCAAUGGACAUGCGCAUCAAUUCCAUCCAACAGCAUACUUUCAAAUAACGUAAAAAAAUAUCUUGUUGAUGGGCUUUUCAAUGAAAAUUCAAAAAAGUCUACAAAUGAUGAUAUAAAAUUAUUUAAGUUACUUACACCUACUACAUCGUAUUCAAGUGAAGAUAAAAAUCGUCUAUCCAUGAUUGAUGUUCAUGCUAAGAAUUUUUUAGCAAUGAAUAAUAAUAAUACUAGAUUAAAACCAGUCGGUUUUAAUCAUGUAUCUGUAACAAAAGUUAAGAAAGUAAACAAAAUGCACAGUAUAUUGAAUCUAGGUAUUCAGUCUCCGAUUCGAAGAUUUGAUGAAAAUGCUGAUUCAUCUGUUCAACGACCGAUCAAUGGUGCAACUGUACAAGUAUCUCGAAUAAAGUCAUCAACAAAGAAAAGACUAGAUACGCUGAAAAAUAAAUCAGUACAACAACAUGAAGAAAAUUCCGUUGUUGAUUCUAUGAAUGUUGUUCGAGUUACUUAUGUACCUUCCCCAUUAACAGAAGUAGAUUCAAUAUCAGUACAAAUUUAUCGUCCACCAAUUAUUGAAAAUACAAGUCGAUUAGAUGAGCAUGUGGAAACUCGAACUUCAAUUGGUUUAUUAAAGAAAAACAAAGACAAAAUUCAUGUAAAACAUAUUCGAUCAACUUAUCGAGCAUCAGUACAUGAACAUCGUCCUUCACAAAUUGAAACAAUCAAGUUAUUCUCCUUAAAUAGUGUUUCGGAACACAAAACAACGUCACAAUUAUCAUCUGUUCGGGUAGAACGUAUUCAAAGAGAAAAAAUCAAAUUGAAAUUGGCAAGGAAUAUUGUUUCAUUUGAAUCGAUUUCGAGACCGGCAGGAAACGAAAAGAAAGAUUAA